AUGGACGCCUCCUCCCUCCGCAUCUCCAAGUUCGAUGGAACUAACUUCCACGCCUGGAAGUUCAAGAUGCAGAUGGUGCUGGAGGAACGGGACCUAUGGGAGGUCGUCAGCGGUGAGAUCAAGGCGGAACAGUGCGAGACUCAGUUGGACCAAGCGACGUACAAGAGGAAGUCAAGAAAGGCGAUGGCAGUGAUCUGUCUAGCCAUGGAAGAUUCCCAGCUACCGUUGGUCCGGUCGGCAAGUGGUGCAUGCGACGCAUGGUCAAGGUUGGAAGACCACUUCGAGAAGAAGAGUCUUGCCAACAAGCUGUUCUUGCGCCGUCGCUUCUUCACGACAAUGAUGGAAGAAGGCGACGAUGUGCUCGAACACAUCAACAAGCUCAAGACGCUGGCGGAACAGCUAGAAGCGGUGGGGGCUCCAGUCUGCGAGGACGAUCUGGUGAUCACACUCCUCGGCAGCCUGAGUGACUCGUAUCAAUUCUUGAUCACAGCUUUGGAGUCGCGCUCAGACACUCUUAGCUGGGAGCUCGUGACGUCUCGACUGCUUCAUGAAGAAAUGAAGCGGAAGGAGCAAGGAAGUAAAGGUGAUGAAGCUUCGCAAGGUCAAGCGUUCAUCACAAGGGACAAUCAGCGCAAAGGGCGACCAGUGAAGAAGUCCUGGCCGUGCCACAAUUGCGGAAAGAUUGGUCACUGGAUGGCGGAGUGCCCCUCGCGCAUCCAAGAAAACACGGAGAGACACCGGCCACAGCGUGCUCAAGACAGCGGCGACCGCUAUCGAUCACAACGUGCAAACGUCGCUCAAGAAGAAGACUCGGGCGACUACCUCUUUUCGAUCGGUGAAACGACAUCUGCGAAAUCGAGCGACAUCUGGCUGGUCGACUCCGGGGCGACGCAGCACAUGACGUGCUCCAAGAAGUUCAUGCGGAACUACAAGGGGUUUGACGCUGUGGAUGUCCAUCUCGCGGAUGAUGGAAUCGUCCAAGCAAUCGGCAGUGGGGACAUUGUCAUGUCGAUGAAGACACCCCAAGGGAUGAAGAAAGGUGUGCUCACAAACGUGUGGCACAUCCCAAAGUUAUCCAGAAACCUGUUCUCGGUCGGCCGCUUCACCAAGGAUGUCGGCCCUGAUGAACUUUAG